UGAAACAAACGAGCAAAAAGAGCGGAGGGGUGUGGCGCGCGUGCGCAGUCCCGGUAGGGGGUUUAGAAGUAACGGGUUGAGUUCGCCGCUGAGCACCGAGAACAAUAAUCAUCAUGGAUGAGGAGUAUGACGUGAUCGUGCUGGGCACCGGACUCACGGAAUGUAUCCUUUCUGGAAUAAUGUCAGUAAAAGGCAAGAAAGUCCUUCACAUGGAUCGCAACUCCUAUUAUGGGGGUGAAAGUGCAUCUAUAACUCCUUUGGAAGAUCUAUAUAAAAGAUUUAACAUCCCUGGUUCGCCACCAGAAUCCAUGGGUAGGGGAAGAGACUGGAAUGUGGACCUGAUCCCAAAGUUUCUUAUGGCAAAUGGUCAACUUGUGAAGAUGCUACUGUAUACAGAGGUCACCCGUUACCUUGAUUUUAAGGUUGUUGAAGGCAGCUAUGUUUACAAAAAAGGCAAAAUCUACAAAGUCCCAUCCACUGAGAAAGAAGCUGUGGCUUCCAGUAUGCUUGGCCUUUUGGACAAGAAUAGAUAUAGGAAGUUUUUACAGCGUGUUUUUCUUUACGAUGAAAAUGACCCCGCAACUUGGGAUGGUUACCACCCCAAAGAGACAACCAUGAGAAGCGUAUUUGAGAAAUGUAACUUGGGGAAUGAUGUCAUGGAUUUCACAGGCCAUGCCCUGGCUUUAUAUAGGACUGAUGAUUACCUUGACCAGCCUUGCCUUGAGACAAUAAACAGGAUUAAACUUUAUAGUGAAUCGCUAGCUCGCUAUGGGAAAAGUCCAUAUCUUUAUCCACUUUAUGGCCUUGGAGAGUUGCCUCAAGGUUUUGCCAGGUUGAGUGCCAUUUACGGUGGGACCUAUAUGUUAAACAAGCCUAUUGAAGAGAUAGUAAUGGAAAAUGGGCGUGUGGUUGGAGUGAAGUCUGAAGGAGAGAUUGCACGCUGUAAGCAACUGAUCUGUGACCCAAGUUAUGUGCCUGACCGUGUGAAGAAAAUUGGCCAGGUGAUUCGAAUCAUCUGUAUCUUGAGCCACCCCAUUAAGGCCAUAGCAGAUGUGAAUUCCUGUCAGAUCAUCAUUCCACAAAAUCAGGUCAACAGAAAAUCUGACAUCUACAUCUGCAUGAUAUCCCAUGCACACAAUGUGGCUGCUCAAGGAAAGUUCAUUGCCAUCAUUAGCACAACAGUGGAGACCAGUGAUCCUGAAAAUGAAAUUCAACCAGCAUUGGAUCUUUUGGAGCCUGUGGAUCAGAAAUUUGUUUGCAUCAGUGAUAUGUAUGUUCCAGUUGAUUUGGGUGCUGAAACACAGAUCUUCAUUUCGAGAACAUAUGAUGCAACCACCCACUUUGAGACCACCUGUGAUGAUAUCAAAGAUAUUUACAGGAGGAUGACGGGGGUUAAUUUUGAUUUUGAAGAAAUGAAGCGCAAGCAGAAUGACAUCUUUGGAGAAGAUGAGCAGAAAGAAUCAAACUAAACCUGAUGAUCAACUGGUGUCGAGGAGGUCUGCAGGCAAAGUUUGUAAUGUGGGGGCUGCUUAAUUUUAAAUUGCAUCUUCAAGAUCCUGACAAGUAUUGCACUGAUUGUAGAUGGUAACCCCAUCAUUUGUCUUUGGCAUCAUGUGUAAAUUUUGCUGAUAUCUAAGGGGUGCUAUUCAAAAAGAUGGCAAUUUGCUUGUGUCUCUUAUUCUGAUCAAAGGUUUUGGAGAAGGGUUGCUGAGGGCAAAGUAGUGACUACAUUUGGAUGCAUUCUUUACUGUAAAAUGGAAAGGUGUAAAAAUGCUGAAUUGAUAUUCCAUAACUGUAUGUGGAAGUAUUUACUGCCAUUUGCUUUAACAUCAGCUGGAACAUGUAAUGGUUUAAAAUUUCACUUACAUAAUUGACUAACUGUUCAUGAUGGAUUGAUUCUGUUUAGAACUGCGACUUCACAAUAAAGUUGUAUGUACCACCUGCCA